CCACACACCACCACCAACCAUCACGCAAGCGCAAACGCUGCUGGCGUCGCACUUGCUACAUUUUGUGGUGUUUGGAAUGGUUUGGAGCAUAAAAUUUCCGGGGAAACCCACCAUCUGCGUGACUGCUCAAAAAGCACAGCUUGUGCGGGCAAAACACCAGCAAGCCAAGCAAGCCAAAGAAGAAGAAGGAGCAACAAGCAGCAACCACAAAACACCACGUGUGGACACCAGCCAGCAUAUCCAAGCCGCCAAGCACACCAACCAGCACCAACCACCACCUUCCCUUCCCACAACCACACCUGCCACCAUGUCCAAGACCAUCUCCUAUGCCGAGGUCGCCAAGCACAACACCAACGAGUCGUGCUACAUGGUCAUCCACGACAAGGUGUACGAUGUCACCAAGUUUCUUAUCGAGCACCCUGGUGGUGAGGAAGUCAUGAUGGACUACGCAGGCAAGGACGCCUCCGAGGGUUUCGAGGAUGUUGGUCACAGCGAGGAUGCCCGCGAGCAACUCAGUGACUUUGUCAUUGGCGAGCUUCCUGCAGAUGAGAAGGGCCAGGCCGCCACAGAAUCGAACAUCGCACCACAGGCACCAUCCCGCGCCCAGGCCUCGAGCGAUGGAUCUUGGUUCCUCUACGUUGCGCUCGCCGCGGUUGUUGCCGGUGCCGGUGUUGCGUACUUCUACUUCAACAAGUGAACCAACAAGCUGGCUUGACUGAAACUGAUACUCGAGUGUCGCUUCAGGCCCGCAAGCCUCCCUUCCCCCCUUUGUUGACUCAGGAUGAUCAUCAUACUUGCCCCCCCCCUCCUUUCUUGCCUUUCUCGCUCCAGCUUGCUUUAAUUCUGCUUUACUCGCUCCACCUUUCCUCCGUUUCGGUCGGGCGCAUAUGCCCUUCCUUUUCCGUGCGCUCGUGCCUGUGUGUGGAUGUGUGUGUUUGUGCGCGCUUUUGCUUUUGCUUGUGUGUUGUGUGCUUGUGUGCUGUGUGCUGUGUGUGUGUUGUCUGUGCGAGGCAAGGCCCUACAAUGGCGUUGCCUGUUCUUCUUUCGCAGCUGUUCUCAUGCGUCUUAGCCAGUUAGCCAGUUCGCAAGCAUGUAUGCACCCCCUUACUUCCCAUGCUUCUCUCUCCUCCCUUGAUGCCCCACAAUACGGCCACACAUGCAGCUGCACAUUUCACUCGCAGCCCCUGUGCUGCCAUUGAGGCGGUGGGUGGCCUGGGUUGGGUUGAUGUUUGGUUCCUUUUGUAGCGGUGCGGCUUGAGACCUCCCUCACCCUCAACCCCGCCUGCUUUCCCCUCCUUCCUUUGUGUGCGUGUGAGCAUGUGCGCGUCGCCCAGCCCCGCUUGCCUCGUGCGUGUUGUGGUGGCUCGACCAAUGCCGUAUGCGCCCUUUGACUUCGAACCCGACCAGCGGAUGCCUGUUGGAUUGGGUUUGUUUGUGCCCUUGCAUGUUUGUGCAUGUGUGUUCGUGCGUGUUGUGUGUGUGUGUGUGCGUGUUCUAGGUGUCUUUCUCCCCUCUUUCUCUCUCUCUUGCUUGUGAUUGACGACAUUACAUACAUACUACGACAGACAACCAAUAACAGUCAUCCUGC